AUGACCAACCAAAAAUUGGAAGCGACGUCCAAACCAAAGCACAGAGACGUAAUCAAUCUGUUUAUAAUACCGGAAGCGGAGAAAAAAGAUUCUAACGUGAAAUAUACCAUGCUGAAACAGCAACUAGAAUCUGAAAAAGAAACGGAGGAACCAACUGGUUUGUACCAGUUCACAGAACCUGUAAACAGCUUUUUGUAUACUUACAGUAUGUUAUUGUUGGUAUCACUCCCUAAACUGCCUUUUGGUUGGUCGUUGAGGAUGUUUACAGGGUGGUAUUGGUUGUACUGCUUGUUACUAGCUACAUCUUACAGAGCUAGUAUGACCGCUAUCUUGGCGAAACCGGCUCCAAAGGUGACAAUUGACACCCUCCAAGAACUAGUAGCCAGCAGAUUGACAUAUGGAGGGUGGGGAGAGAUCAACCGAGACUUUUUCAAAAUGUCCACCGAUCCGACAAUCCAGAUGAUAUCCAAGAAUUUCGUGAUGGUGAAUAAUUCUGAAGAUGCUGUGGACAGAGUUGCUGCUGCCACCUUCGCAUUCUAUGAGAACACGUAUUAUCUUAAAGAAGCUGCAGUUAAAAGGCAACAGAAGUUCUAUUUUCAGAGAAGCUCGUUGAGCAGCGAGAACACUACCAAUGAUGACUUGCAGAGCAUUAGAUUACAGAAGAACUCUCCACUGACACCUCGAUUCAAUAAGUACAUAAGACGAAUUCUGGAAGCAGGUUUGAUCACCAAAUGGCUCGAUGACGCAAUGCAAAAAGUGUUGAAUGCUGAGGUUCACAAGGAAGACAAGGACAUAUCUAAGGCGUUGAUGAAUGCGAAAAAAUUCUCUGGGGCUUUGGUAGCUUUGGCGAUAGGAUAUUGUGUUAGUAUAUGUACGUUCAUCGGAGAAAUUGUACAUUUUUACUAUGUCGUUAGGAGGAAGCCUGAUUUUAAUAAGUACCAGUUGAGCAUUGGAGUCAAAAAGGCAAAGUGA